AUGUUUUUAUUUCAGCUAUACUAUGCUUUGAUGUCGUUUAUUUUGUCAUUUUUUCUAUCGAAGACUAGUAUUAACGGGAUUUUGAAUCGUGGGGAGAUGUUCCUUUUCUCAACCAAGCAACUCAGGUAUUUUCUCAAUAUACCUACGGAGUGGAACCCAAUAGAUAAACGGGUUCUUGAUCUUGGUGCUGGAGAUGGUAGAGUAACCAAGAAGUUAGCUGCGUUCUACGCUAAUGUCCACACGACAGAAAUUUCACAGGUACGAAUGGAAAAAAAAACCUUAUUUUCAAAUCUGCAUUACAAUCCUCGGAAGUUAUUGAGAGAUAUCUAUGAAGCAGCUCUCCGAUCAAACUGCUCCGUUCUCGUCGCAGUUGUCUUACCAAUAGAUCAAUACGUUGAGUUUCACCCUUCCAAAAGAACCAACCGAGCAGAUGUCCGAUUGAAAGUGAAGGGAAACACUAUUGAGCAGCAAGCUUCUUCUCUCGUUGAAAAUGAAUUCAUUCCUCUUGGAUUCCAGAUAGUUCGAUGGACGAAACUACCAUAUCUCUGUGAGGGAGAUUUGAACAGUCCAUUCUAUGUCCUAGAAGAUGUCGUAUUCCUAUUGCAUCCAAUGCCUACUGAAACGUUACGUUUGUCGAGUUCUAAUGGUUUUACUUAUGUUAGUAAUGAAUUGUAG